UGAAAUCCGAGUCGCUGUGUUUCUGUAUUCCUGCACUCUCUCACACAGGAUCCAGUCCUGCUAGGCGCUAAUGGUUCAGAGUAAACAGCAGAAACAUUUCAUACAUUAAUCAGCGGGUCUGUGUGAGAUGGAGGGACGGGAAACUACAGAAGGCACCACACUGCCUCUGUCCUCUUUGCGCCUCCUGGUUCCACCUCUGCAUUUGAUGUCUGCGUUCAUGUGGCAGGUUCUGCAGCAGAAAAACGUGCUGUAUUAUGGGAAACUGGAGGAGUUUGUGUCCAUGGUCACUGAGACUAUUCCCUGCCUGCUGACUUACAGACAGAGUGCACAGCUCAUCCUGGGCCUGAGAGCAAGGGUGGUGUUAGAGGUAUUACAAGACUCUGUGGAUAUGAAAACUGUCUGCGCUCAGUUGGAGAGAAUGCAACUCCCUGCAUUUUCAGCUGAAAGUCAAAACAUAGAUUCAGAUUUGACGCUGUCUGUGUUCAACUUCAAAGCACUGGUUCUUGCACUACUGAAAGACCCAGCAGAGAAAGCCUAUUUCUUUCAGGUGGUUUUUCCUGUGGAAUAUGGUUUAAAGUUUGAGAAAGCCCUAAAGGAGCUAAUGUGGGAGCUGCUGUCAUCUCUGCAGAAAUUACUUCCUGUUCCAGACUUUAAAAAGACAUUGUCUUGGCUCACCCCUGCCCCUGCUGGUCUGGAUGAAUGCAUGCAGUCAGAACCAGAAUGCUUACAAGCUCUGUUACAGCACUAUAAACUCAUCAGCACAGAGGACAGUCAGUAUUGGGCAAGAGGUUCCAAAAUAGCUAAUCCUGUUUCCACAUCAGGGGACUGUAUUCUUUCUUCUCUUUCCAUCCCUCCUUCAACACAUGUGGCAGUGGCCACAGAGCCCAUGGUCUACCACAUCCAGCCAACCACAGUGACCAUUCUGAGCCAGGGUACCCUGGGCCAGCUGGGUUCAGAGGCAAUUAUUGUGACUGACUACACUGAGGUUGAGUUGAGCAGUAAUGAAGUGACUGAUAUCACAGAGGUCUGUCACACCCACACAGAGGAAUCAGUGAGGAAAUGUGUGGAGGUAAAUAAUGAGAGCAGCUCUGUAGUAACCAUCCUCAGUGAGCAGGAUGCUUCCGUAGAGGAAGAAGUUAUUACUGCAAGCCAGCAGGUGGAAUUCCAGGAGGAACUGCAGGGUAUCAAAAACGAAGGGGAGCAUAAUAAUAUUAGUGAGAAAUCUAUGCAGUGUGACAUCAUAAUGGAAAUUCUGGGAGACGGAGAGAGAUUAGGGUCCUUCAAAGCUGAACCUUUAGUAGAAAAUAAGGUUGAGAAGAAUAAGGAACAUAUUAUGCUCACUACACAAGAAAUGAUAUCAAAUGAUAUUCACGAGGUUAGUCCAGAAGCUGACUCUACUCCUAAAAAUACAGAUAAUAGCUUGCCUGUAGAAAGUGUAGUCCAAGCUGUACCGCCCCGACGGGGACGUGGCAGGCCGAGAAAAAAUGCAGCACCCCAGGAAGUGGCUAAGACUGGAAGACGAAGAGGAAGGCCUCCAUCAGUCAAAGCGGAGCAAGCCACAGAGCAAAAGAAAAAUAAAGAGGAGAGAGAAGACGGAGAUUCAGCAUCCAACAAAAUUCAAGCAGGCCAGGAUGGUGUUGAGACUUCACCGAACUCUAAAUGUCAUCAAUCAAGAUUGAAAGUGAAGCCUGAAUCUCCAGAAAACCCUCGUGCUCGCUACAUCUGCAACACCUGUGGACGAAAAUUUACCCGCACGUCUGACGUUCGACGUCAUCAACUCACCCACACUGGCGAACGUCCCUUUCACUGCACACAAUGUGACAAGACCUUCCAGCAUUCUUGGGAUCUUACUAAGCACUGCAAGAAGUUCCACGAUGAGGCCUCCUUCUCUUGUUUGCUGUGCUCCAGCAGCUUUUUAAACCUGCGGGUCCUGACCUCUCACCACAAGAAGUGCCAUACAAAAGAAGUCCUUCCCCUCUACUGCUCCAUCUGCGGGGAGGUCAGCCCCAGUGUCAGCGCUCUUGUCGAGCACCGCAAGAUGCACAGUGCCACCCACCAGUACAAGUGUGAGCAGUGUGGAAAAGGCUUUGACACUUUAUUGGAACGCUCUGUUCAUCGCCAGAACCACCGGAGGCACAGCAAGUACAAGUGCCCUCAGUGCGACAAGACAUACACGCGGCAAGCAGAUGUGAACAGACACCUACUGACGCACACGGGAGAACGGCCGCACCAGUGUGGCCUGUGCGGCAAGAGCUUUGCGCUUCGUGCUGGCCUGCAGAAGCACCAGCUAACGCACACUGGAGAGAAGCCCUACCGAUGCGCAUAUUGUCCCAAAGCAUUUAGCCUCAUGUCUAUUCUGAACAGGCAUGAGCGCAUGCACACAGGUGAGAGGCCCUACUUGUGUUCGCAGUGCGGGAAGAGCUUCCUUUCACUCGGUGAGCUAAUCAAACACGACAAGUCGCACACGAACGAGAGACCUCACCUCUGCACCCAGUGCAGGAAGAGCUUCAAGACCAAAAGAGGGCUACGGGAGCACAUGCUCAGGCACAGUGGCAUACGACCAUUCGCCUGCAAAUACUGUGGCAAAAAGUUUACCAAGGCCUUUGCCUUAAACAGGCACCACCUAAUGCACACUGGGGAAAGGCCCUUUGCGUGCACACACUGCGAGAAAACCUUUCUGAGCUCCACAGAAUUGGUCCUCCACAAGCGCAAUCACACUGGUGAGCGGCCCUACAACUGCUCAGAGUGUUCUCGUAAGUUCCGGAGCUCCUCUGAGUUGGCGAGGCACAAGCGUACCCACAGCAAGCUUAAGAGGAUGUUUACAUGCAGCUACUGCCCCAGAACUUUCCCCAAUAUGGGCAGACUGACACGCCACAUAAGAGUCCACACAACGCCUAACCAAACCAGGUUCCCUGUGACUGUUAGCCAUGUUGUAGAAGUGCAAGAAUCUGUGCUUGCUGUAAACGAGGUGACUGAAGCACUGUUUAUCUUAACAAAGUUUGAAUCUGAGCUCCGGGUCCGCUGCCCGCUUGGCGGCGCUGUGAGGAAACCCGGAGCAGAGUCUGGAGAGCUGAGGGUCAGGAGGUCAGGAGGGCUCGUUCAACAGCGCGGAGGAUUAUUCGGCCCGGACUGUUCAGAAGUUCACACUGGUCAUGUGCCACUGUGCCUGUCCUCUCUGCGGCUCCUGGUCCCACCUCUCCGCCUCAUGUCUGCAGUCAUGUGGCGAGCCGUCCAGCACCGCGAUGUAGCACAAUAUGGGAUGCUGGCAGACUUUGUGUCCUUGGUUACUGAAGCUGUCCCAGAGCUGGUUAGUCACACACGGGGAGUUGAACUUAUUCUGGGACUGCGAGCAAAACUGAUUUUAGAGUUGUGCCGCAGGGACGAUCCAGUGGAUAUAUAUGCAAUCCAGCCUCACCUCAACAGCAUUCAGUUGUCCCUUCCUCUGGUGAAAUUUGAGGACAGAACAGAAGUGGAGGAGACAGGAAUUCACUUUGUGGAGCUGGUCCAGACGCUCAUGAAAGAUGCAACUGAAAGAGAACACUUCUUUCAGAACGUGUUUCCAGUGGAAUUUGGCCCUAACUAUGAUGCUGCAGUUCAGACGCUGAUGUGGGAUUUCUUGUCCAGAUUGGAGAGCUUCCUGCCAAUCCCUGAUCUCCAGCAGACAGUGGCUUGGCUCAGCUCUGAGUCUUCUGCUUUAAAAGACUGUGAAGAAUCUCUCAGUAAUCCAGAUAACCUCAAGUCACUGCUCCAUCAUCAUAAGUGCCUCGGGCACGUAGACUCUUUUGCCUCUUCACCACCCCUCAUUACGACUGACUGCAUUCUCUCUGCUCUGGCUGGAAAAAGAGGCCACAUGGAUCAGCUGAGCACAGACCACUGUAUGUUAAACCCACCUGAUGACUCCGUUCCCUCUCAUAUUCCUGUAUGUGUGGUGGACGGGACAGAUAUAGAGACAGUGGUGGUCGUGUCCGAAUGGACUGAGAUUGAAUUAGAUGUCAACCAAGAUGAAGAGUCCCCUUCAGACGUGGAAGCCAGAGAGGACAGUAACAGUGCACAACAUGCUUCUGACUCUGAACAGAGAGAACUACGGUCUGAGGGUGGUGAAGUCUUUGAGGGAGGUGAAGUUGUGAUGUUGGGAAAGAGCUCUGAGAAUGUUUUAGGAGAAUCUGAAGUACGCUGUAAAGAAGAGGAGUCCUCUCUUGAUUGUCCAGAAGUGGAUGAGAGUCCGUGUCACGUGACUUCAGUGGCAGAAAAGUUGAACUGUGACGGUGUGGAGGGACAGAGUCUGUCCUCUAAUGCCAUUACCACUCUGAAGUCUAAACACACUGCACCUGUAUGUUCAUCUGAGGAUGCUGCUGUACCUGCACUCUUCUCUGGGACCCGGAGAUCAGCUCGAAAACCUAAGAAGACUUGGAAGAUUAAGAUGGUGAAUCUCCAAAAGCAGAAAAGAAAGUCUGCAACCCUGAAAGUGGGAACGGCUCAAAAGGGAACUACAAAAAAUACAGCGUUUUCCCUGGCAAAUUCCAAAUCACCUACCUCAAAUAACAGGGAUGCUGCUGAACCACCUGAAGCGUCUCCUGCUCCUGUGUCAAAUGAAGGAAUUUCAGAUGUCUUCUCCUGUCCCCAGUGCUCGUUCACCCACACUCAAGAGAGAUACUUGAAAAGCCAUAUCAAAAAGAUCCACUCUGUACCUGCGGAGGAGAGCAGUAAAGAGCCACACCUGUGCCCGAUAUGUGGUAAAGGCUUCCGCUUCCCCGGCAUGCUGAAAGCCCACAAGCGCACCCACACGGGUGAGCGCCCUUUCCAGUGCACAGCUUCUCACUGUGGCCGCCGCUUUUCGCACAUUCAGGCUUUGCGCCGUCAUCGGCUCACGCACGUGCCCAAAGCCUCUCAUAAAGCUCCUCAGGAAGAAGUGAUGGAGAAUGAGGAGGCUCAGAGCCAAGAGAGCGAAAUGUAUGACUGCCUCUACUGCUGGGAAAGCUUCAGCUCACUCAGCGCUCGCCGGGACCACCACAAGACCCACUCCGAGAAGGAGGUGAACCGCUGCAGCGACUGUGGUAAGUUGCUGAGCUGCCAGGCUGCUCUCAUCAGGCACAAGCGAGGCCACCUGGAGAACCAGCCACACAAGUGCACUAUCUGUGACGCAAGCUUCUCGAACCUGACCAGCUUCAAGCGUCACAUGCUCACCCACAAGUCUGAGAGGCCGUACCACUGCAGCUGCGGCAAGGGCUUUACCUACAGGGGCGCCCUGCUAUCCCAUCAGCGCACCCACACAGCCGAGAGGCCCUACUGCUGCCCCCACUGCAGCAAGACCUUCCUUUAUCCUGGGGCACUGAGGAAGCAUGAGUGGACCCAUUCUAAAGAAAAGCCCUACCUGUGCUCACACUGUGGCAAAAGCUUCAAAAGGGAAAGGACACUGCGUGCUCACAUGGCUGGACACACCACAGAGAAAAUCUUCAAGUGCUCCCUCUGUGACAAAACGUUCGCCUACAAGGCCAGCCUUACCAGGCACGAGCUCACCCACACCGGCGAGAGGCCUUUUCUCUGCUCAGAAUGCGGCAAGACCUUUUUCUCUUUCGGUGAACUACUGAAGCACCAGCGCUAUCACACGGGACACAAGCCCUUCCAGUGCGCGCACUGCGACAAGAGCUUCACGCAAGCCUGCUACCUCCAGCUGCACACCCGCUACCACACCGGAGUGCGUCCUUACACCUGCUCUCAGUGCGGCAAAAGCUUCUUCACGUCCUGUCGGCUCAAAAGACACAUGCAGAUCCAUACAGGGGACAAGCCUUUUGAGUGCAGGGAGUGUGGGAAGAAAUUCAGGCAGGCGUACGUGCUCAAAGUGCAUCAGCGGAUCCAUGGAGGAGGCAGAACUGAGAGUGUCCUAACCGAUAAUUUGUUUUGAGAUUUUUUUUUUUGAACAGACAAUAACAUCUUUGACACGUU